AUGCAGACCCCCAGCUACUCCGGAAGGCCGACUCGAAGCCGAUAUUCGAGCCCAUUUGUUACUGCAGUUAAUAAUGCUGGGGCCGAAGCUGCGAAUACAGUGGCCGACGCGGUUGAGAAGCCCAAAACCUUCAUGGACAAAUGGAUCGAGCCUGCCCUACCGCCCCCGCGCCCCAGCUUCGAGGAGGCAGGGUUUGAAAGAGUUGGGACAGUUGCAAAUAUGGCUCCGUUGGGGACGCGCCCGAGCUGGAAGAUCCUGAAGGCUGCUACGAGGGGGGAGGUGCGGGAGGGUCUAGGCCGGGCGAAGAGAUCAGAGGCAUCCACCCCUGAGGCGUCAGAAGCUCCAUCGCAGAUAAUAACUCGGCGUUCGCUGUCAGUCAAACCUGAAGACGUUGAGCUUUCUCCUAGGACGCCGCAGCAGCAGACCAGCCCGCGGAAAAUCAGUCACAAGCAAAACAACAGUCAAUCUUCUGGCCAAGGGGUUUUUGCUAUAUCACAGUCUCCUCUGGCUGCGGCUCCAAGCAUGACUGCCCCGGUUGUGCCCCUUGCUACGCCCUCACCAUUACUUCCUGCCUUUUCUUCCCAGGUUCCGCUCGCACUUGAUCCGGAUGGCGAGCCAGCCGUUGACCUGGAGAAAACCGACAAGGUUGUGGAGGACGCUGUUCAGCACGCGGUUGAUCUGAGGCGGUACCCUACGGCUUAUGCCCUUCGGAUGCUGUAUGAUGAGCAACAUUCAGACAUUAGGAUAGUUCGGAUCUUUGAGGCUAUCUACAAUAGGCGCGCUGUUUCAGCCCAGGUUGAGGAGUUUAUGAGGAUGAUGAAAGACAAGAAAAAGGAAGGCAAAAAGGACCGGACUGCAGAAUACUACUUCAACGGCGAUGGAAGCGAUCCUCCACCCCGCCCUAUCUUCUCAGCCGUCAACACUGCUCUGACAUACGACACUCCUCCCGGAAGACUUGGGACGAGCGGCAGAUCAUUGAGCGACUCUCAUGCCAGGGCGUCCUCGUUGCAUUUAUCUUCGCUCUCUGCAUCACCCCAUAAAGAUCUCGACUACGGGCAUAUCAGCAAGAAGCAAAAGCAGAAUCACUUUGUGUCCCCAUAUCCACCCCUAAAUGGGAUGGGGUUUCCGGCGCCAUCGACAGCUACUAUGAAUGGGAAUAUGAAUGCGAAACCCGAGACGCCGCUGGCAAACGGCACCUCGGCGGAGCCUUCCCUAGAAAAGCCCCAGCGAUCAAGGUCGGUUUCCAGCUCCUCAUCACUGUCAUCGCUCGACGAGCAGGUCCUGAAGAGCGGCUCUGCCUCUGCCAGUGGUGCCCAGCAUGGUUCUGCAUUAUCAGAGGCUACAUCGAAUCACGGGAAUGAGGCUGGGCGUGGGCGCGGAAAGAAACGUGGAGGGCGGAGUAGCGCUCCAGUCGACGGUCGCCUCACCUUAGACCACAACAACAAUAAUAUCAAUAAUACCCCCCACAAUACGAGAGACAAUAGCAACUCUCGCUAUUCUACGCCGGCCGACAAUAUUACUCAACAACAAUCAAUACCAUCUGCUGCAGCACCACCUAGACCGAGAAUAGGGCCCAAGACUUAUACUUUCUCUACCAUUACAUCCACGUCUACAUCUACUUCCUCUUCAACACCAACCUCCGCACAGAUACCUUCAUCCGCUCCACACAAAUCGCCUCCAGAUAUCACUCCCCCUAGUCCUAGUCCUAGUCCCAGUCCACGUGCAUCCACAGUCAUGGCUCGGGCCCGUGGUGCCAAAAAGGCGAAGGCCAAAUCAAAGGCUGCCUCUCCCGCUGAGCCUGCUCCCAUUCAACCUUCCGCCGAAGAGGAUGCGGAUAAUGAUGAGGCUAGUCGAACGCUUCGAAUUGAGACUCAUAAUCGGCUGAAGCGAGAGGCGAAAGAGUUGGCCAACAACGCACCGGCCCCUCUAGAGAGCUUCGAACGCACCCAAAUCCCACUACCGGCGCAAGACGUCGAAACAGCCUCAGAAGGUGGUGACUUCGUCUCUGUGGCGCCGUCAAAGCGUCCAACCAAGAAGCGCAUGCUCAACCUCAGAGAGACUCGAAGCAAAGAUAAUGAGGGCUCUGAAUAUCUCAGCUCUCCAAAUGCGCUCUCAUUCCAACUUGAUCUCGCACCAGGCUCAGCGCCCGCUUCCCGUGCUGGCACACCGAGUGCUACCAAUCGACCAACCAGAAGGGCAAAGACAGGCUCUGGCCUACGUGUCAAGACAUCGCCGGUGAAGAAGAAGGGCGGCAUCGUGGCCGGUAUUCCUCGCCCGAGCGGUGAACGCAACAGCCCCGUGGGCAACGGUGUGUCUUCUGAAAACAAAGACGACAAUGACGAUUACUGUUCAGCCUGUGGUGGGAAUGGCGACUUGGUCUGCUGCGACGGCUGCUGUCGCUCAUUCCAUUUUAAAUGCGUUGACCCGCCCAUGGUUGAAGGCGCAUUGCCCGAUGCAUGGUUCUGCAAUUCGUGCGAGUUCACCCACAACCCCCGUCCCAUUAAACCUUCCAGUGGCGGCUUUGGUGAGCUCCUGGGCAACCUCGAGAAAAAGAAUCCUAGUGCUUUCCAUCUGCCCAAGGACGUCCGUGAGCGCUUCGAAGGUGUCAAGACUGGCACUGAGGGAGAGUACGAGGAUGAGCGCCGGCCAAAUAAACCAAAGACUCGCGGAGGCUACGAUGAGCCCCCAGAUGUUUUCCGCCAGAAAGACAACAAAGGCAAGGCAAUUCUUUGCCACCGUUGCAACGGCGCUGCUAUUCUCCCCAGCCGGAUGGUCAUUUCCUGCAGCUUCUGUAGCCUCCACUGGCACAUGGACUGUCUCGAUCCACCUAUGAGCAAAGAACCAGCGCCCGACAGGAAGUGGAGAUGUCCUGCUCAUGUGGACGACCUUAUGGAACUUUUGCCCGCAAAACUUGGCCCAGCCCACCGCUACCGCAAGAUCAAGGGUGCUCCUACCAUUUCCCCUUCUUUUGCGCGCGGUACAAGAAACAGUGGACAUAUCGAGAUUGAGAAUUCGCCAAGCGAUGACGAAGACGAUGGUUUCUACGACUCGACGCAGUUUGGUUCUGUGUACAAACUUCCAGAAAAGGGUCUAAAGCUCGACUUUAUUUCAAAGAUUAAGCAACAAGGUGGUGGUUUCCCACCCACUCCCCUUCUUCAGCACCUGAAGUCGCCACACCAUCCAACUGGAUGGACCUCACGAACUGUCAGCGAACAGCAAGCAGCGCUCAACCUCGCCUCGCUCGCUGCCCAGAACCCUGAGAUUGGCGAUGUUGGCGUGCUUUCCAGCACCUUACUGGCCGAAGCUCCACCUUCUGUGAUCGAAAUGAUUGCUCAAGCUGAUGCGACUUCACUCUCGAAUAAGAAACUAUCCAAGAGAGACAGAUCGAGCUUAGCUGCCCUUAAAGCCAUAAUCGAACAAACGCUUGCCGACACCACUAGUGAUGAUGACGAGCCUAAAGCCGAGGAAGAAGUUGUCGCAGGAGACGCUCUUGGCUGA